AUGUCAUCAAGUUCUAAUUUUGAAGCUUUCAAUCUUCUUGAAGACAAUGAAUGGGAAGAAAAAAUUGUUGAACAAAAUCAGCAACUCGAUCAACUAAUCGGGGAUAUAGCUAUUUGGCCAACAACCUUGUCUUCACAACCUACAACCCAGACGGUUAGAGCUAGAAGGAGAUACAUUGAAAGGAAACGCGAGGAGGGUCAUGAUACUAUUUUCGAGCAGUACUUUGCUGAAGAUCCAAUCUAUCCUCCACAUUUCUUACAAACAAGGUAUCGCAUGCGAAAACCUUUGUUCGAAAAAAUAAUGAACAAGCUCGUCAAGACCGAUAAUUUUUUUGUGCAAAAGCGUGAUGCUACUGGUCGGCUUGGUAUGUCUGCAAUUCAUAAAUGUACAACAGCGAUGAGGAUGUUGGCCUACGGGACGGCGGCCGACUUGCACGACCAAUAUUUGAGAAUGAGCGCACAACUCAUUCGCAAAUCUCUCAUCAAGUUCGUUGAAUGUGUAAUUUCUAACUUCGGCGAUGAGUACUUGCAAAAGCCCACCGAACAAGACUUGGCAAGACUUCUGCAUAUUGGAUAA